AUGUCUAUCUUAUCCAUCGCAACUCGUAGAGCAGGUCUCCUAUCAGUUAAAUCUUCAACAAUUGCAUCAUCUUCUGUCAUCUCCAGAUUUGCAAGCUCCACCUCCACUACUAAUACACCAGAUGCUGCUCAAAGUAGUCUAACGUGGAAGGACUUCUUCCAAUUAAGAAAACAACAAAGAAGAAUCAAUGUCGUUUCUUCUGGGUUCACAGCGUUGGUAGGUUGUAAUAUAUCUUGGGCUUAUUUAUCAAACAUGGAGAUAGAUCCAACUCAAAUGAUUAUGGGGUUUGAUCCAUUGGUGGUUGUUUCAGCCGGGUUGAUGGCUUCUGGUGCAUUGGGCUAUUUGUUUGGUCCUUUGAUUGGUACUCAAGUCUUUAAUUUGAAGAAUCAUAAGACAUUGACUGAUUUUGGUUUGAAAAAUAAAGAAUUUUUGGAACAUAUUAUUAAAAAUAGAGUGGAUGCUUCAUCUCAAAGUUUUAGUAAUCCCGUACCAGAUUAUUAUGGUGAAAAGAUAGGUUCAAUGAAAGAAUAUAGACAAUGGUUAAGAGACUGUCAUUCUUAUGCAAGAAAAGCCAAAGAAUUUUUAUAA